GUCCGGGCGCGGAGGGAUCCGGCGUGCGGUGACGGUUGGCGGCGCGGCAGCUGUUAGCGCGGCGGCGACGACGCGGAGCUGAGGGGUCUGGGGCGCGGCGGCCUGGCCGGGUGCGUGGGCUUCCCCGCGACUGCCGCUGUGCGCCUGGAAAAAAAAUGACUGGGCGAGCCAGAGCGAGAGCCAGAGGACGCGCCCGUGGGCAGGAGACAGUGCAGCAUGUGGGGGCCACUGCGAGUCAGCAGCCUGGCUAUAUCCAGCCCAGGCCUCAGCAGCCAGCAGCGGAAGGGGAGUUAGUUGGCCGUGGACGACAGAGAGGAGCAGUGGGAGCACCCGCCAAGCCCCAAGAGAUCCAGAUAUCUGCUGGAUUUCAGGAGUUAUCAUUAGCAGAGAGAGGAGGUCGUCGUAGAGACUUUCAUGAUCUUGGUGUGAAUACAAGACAGAACCUGGACCAUGUUAAAGAAUCAAAAACAGGUUCUUCAGGCAUUAUAGUAAGGCUGAGCACUAAUCAUUUUCGAUUGACGUCCCGUCCCCAGUGGGCCUUAUAUCAGUAUCACAUUGACUAUAACCCACUGAUGGAAGCCAGAAGACUCCGAUCAGCUCUUCUUUUUCAACAUGAAGACUUAAUUGGAAGGUGUCAUGCUUUUGAUGGAACAAUACUAUUUUUACCUAAAAGACUACAGCACAAGGUUACUGAAGUGUUCAGUCAGACCCGAAAUGGAGAGCAUGUGAGGAUAACAAUCACCUUAACAAAUGAACUCCCACCUACGUCACCAACAUGUUUGCAGUUCUAUAAUAUUAUUUUCAGGAGGCUCUUGAAGAUCAUGAAUUUACAGCAAAUUGGACGGAAUUACUAUAACCCAAGUGACCCAAUCGAUAUUCCAAAUCAUAGGUUGGUGAUCUGGCCUGGCUUCACCACCUCUAUCCUCCAGUACGAGAACAACAUCAUGCUUUGCACGGACGUCAGUCACAAAGUCCUUCGCAGCGAAACCGUGUUAGAUUUCAUGUUCAACUUGUAUCAUCAAACGGAAGAACACAAAUUUCAAGAACAAGUUUCUAAGGAGCUAAUAGGUUUAAUUGUUCUUACCAAGUAUAACAAUAAAACCUACAGAGUAGAUGAUAUUGACUGGGACCAGAAUCCAAAGAGUACCUUUAAGAAAGCGGAUGGUUCUGAAGUCAGUUUCUUAGAGUACUACAGGAAGCAAUACAACCAAGAAAUCACCGACUUGAAGCAGCCUGUUCUGGUCAGUCAGCCAAAGAGAAGGCGAGGCCCUGGCGGCACCUUGCCAGGCCCUGCGAUGCUCAUUCCAGAACUCUGCUAUCUCACAGGGCUAACUGAUAAGAUGCGUAAUGACUUUAACGUGAUGAAAGACUUAGCUGUUCACACAAGACUGACUCCUGAACAAAGGCAGCGUGAAGUUGGAAGGCUCAUUGAUUAUAUCCAUAAAGAUGAUAAUGUUCAGAGGGAGCUUCGAGACUGGGGUUUGAGCUUUGACUCCAACUUACUGUCCUUCUCAGGAAGAAUUUUGCAAGCAGAAAAGAUUCACCAAGGUGGAAAAACAUUCGAUUACAAUCCACAGUUUGCAGAUUGGUCAAAAGAAACGAGAGGUGCACCAUUAAUUAGUGUUAAGCCGCUAGAUAACUGGCUGUUGAUCUAUACUCGAAGAAAUUAUGAAGCAGCCAAUUCACUGAUACAAAAUCUAUUUAAAGUUACACCAGCCAUGGGCAUACAAAUGAAAAAAGCAAUAAUGAUUGAAGUGGAUGAUCGAACUGAAGCCUAUUUGAGAGUCUUACAGCAGAAGGUGACCUCAGAUACCCAGAUGGUUGUUUGUCUGUUGUCGAGUAAUCGGAAAGACAAAUAUGAUGCUAUUAAAAAAUACUUGUGCACAGAUUGCCCUACUCCGAGUCAGUGUGUGGUGGCCCGGACUCUCGGCAAACAGCAGACAGUCAUGGCCAUUGCCACCAAGAUCGCCCUGCAGAUGAACUGCAAGAUGGGCGGAGAGCUCUGGAGGGUUGACAUGCCGCUAAAGCUGGCGAUGAUAGUCGGCAUUGACUGUUACCAUGACACCACAGCUGGACGGAGGUCGAUUGCAGGAUUUGUCGCAAGUAUCAACGAGGGGAUGACCCGCUGGUUCUCGCGCUGUGUGUUUCAAGAUCGAGGACAAGAACUUGUAGACGGGCUCAAAGUCUGCUUACAAGCUGCCCUGCGGGCUUGGAACAGCUGCAAUGAAUACAUGCCCAGUCGGAUCAUUGUGUAUCGGGACGGCGUGGGCGACGGCCAGCUGAAAACGCUGGUCAACUAUGAAGUGCCCCAGUUUCUGGAUUGCCUGAAAUCUGUUGGUAGAGGUUACAACCCAAGACUAACGGUCAUUGUGGUGAAGAAACGAGUGAAUGCCAGAUUUUUUGCUCAGUCUGGAGGAAGACUUCAGAACCCGCUUCCCGGGACGGUUAUUGACGUAGAAGUUACCAGACCAGAAUGGUAUGAUUUUUUUAUCGUGAGCCAGGCGGUGAGAAGCGGCAGUGUUUCGCCCACGCACUAUAAUGUCAUCUACGACAGCAGCGGCCUGAAGCCAGACCACAUACAGAGGCUCACGUACAAGCUGUGUCACGUCUACUACAACUGGCCAGGCGUCAUCCGCGUUCCCGCUCCUUGCCAGUACGCCCACAAGCUGGCCUUCCUGGUGGGCCAGAGCAUUCACAGGGAGCCCAACCUGUCCCUGUCCAACCGCCUCUACUACCUCUGACCCUCGGGAGACGACGACGGGCCGCCACGCCUUCUAUUUGACCUUGUAGCUUCCUGCGGGGUGGGUGGGUGGG